AUGUUUCUUAAUUUAAUAAAAGGUUUAGAAAAGAAUGAAGAUAAGGAAAAUGUUGUAAAUAUAAAUAUACAGAAAUUGUUAGGUGAUAAAACAUACGAGAAAAGAAAAAAGGGAGCACAGGAACUAGCCGAGUUAGUUAAAAUUAUAUUAUUAAAAGAAGAAAAUGAUGAAAAAAAACAUAUAGAUAAAUUACUAGAUGAACAUAAAAAUAAUGAAGAUGCUGGAGAUUUUAAUAUUACGAAAAAGUUUUCAGAUAUGGAAGUUAACAAAAUUUCGAAUAAUCUUUUAAAAGCUGAUGAAGAUGAUGAAUUAAAUAAUAGUGAAUAUUAUUUUAAAACGUAUAAUGAUGAAAAGUUAAAAAAAAAAAAAAACGUUUCAGAUGACAUAGAAACAGAUGAUGAUAAUAAUAAAGGAUAUACUAUAAUUAAUGAUGAGAAGGGGAGAAAAAUGAAUGAAGAAUAUGACAGUAAAAAUAAUAUUGAUGGGGAUAAAAAGAGUCAAGAUAAAGCAUAUAUUAAAGAUACAAAGGAAUACGAAAAAAUAAACAAAUAUAAACAAAAUAAUACUAAAAAGGAAAGUGUGAGAAAUUCAAAUAUAAUGAUAGAUACAAAGGAAAUAAAUAAUUCUCAUAUUUAUGGCCAUGGACAAGAAGAUGGAAAAGAAUAUAAUGGUGAUGAUGAUCAUAAUAAUAAAAACAAUGCUCAUGAUGAUGAUGACGAUGACGAUGACGAUGAUGAUGAAGAUGAAGAGAAUUAUGAAGACGUAAAUGUCAAACGAUACAACGAUUCAGACGAUAGUGUUGAUGAGAAAGAUAAAAAAAGAAAGAAAAGAAAUUUAGAAAAUGAAAAAUCAAAUUUAUUAUAUCAACAUAUGAAUGAAGAAAAAUAUAUUUUAGGAUCAGAAAUAAUAAAAAAAUUAUUAUUAGAUAAAUGUAAAGAAAAUUGUGAUUUAGAUAUAGAACUAACGAAACCUAUUGAUAAUAAUAAUAAUAAUUAUUAUAUUCGUAAUAAAAAUAGUGUUUCGUCUGUAGAUAUAAAUAAAGAAAAAAGAAAAAAAACGUUGAAUACUAUAUUAUAUGAUAAUGAUAUAUAUUUAGAUAAUUUUAAUAAAAAAUAUCAAAGUCAAAAAGUUAUAAAUAUUAUAAAUUUUUUAGAUAAUAAAUUUAUUCAAAGUGUAAGUAGUUCAGAACGAUGUGGAGGUUUAAUAUCUUUGGCAUUUAUAUCUAUAAGUCUUGAUGAAAAAAUACAAUAUUAUUUUACGGAAAUUUUACGUAUUAUUAUAUCAUGUAUUAAUGAUGCAGAUUCUAAAGUUAGAUAUUAUGUUUGUGAAAGUUUAUAUAAUUUAUGUAAAGUUUCUAGGAAAUAUAUUUUUCAUAAUAUAGAAGAUAUUUUUGAUUGUCUCUAUCGAAUUUUUUCAGAUACUUGUCCAAAUGUAAAAAGUGGAGGAAUAUAUUUAGAUAAUUUAAUAAAAGAUUUAGUUUGUUCUUAUAAUAAUAUUUUUUAUAUUUAUAAAAUUAUAUAUUUAUUAAAAGACAAAAUAUAUAUUGAAAAUACAAAUGUUCGUCAACUUAUUAUAUCUUGGUUAUUUUUUUUACAAAAUAUUCCUACUAUUAAUAUAUUUGAAUAUUUCCAUUUUUUUAUUAAAGAUCUUUUCCUAAUGUUAUCUGAUGAAAAUAAAGAUAUUCAAAAACAAGCUAAUCAAUGUUUAGAUAUAUAUAUAGAUAAAAUUGUAACAUCCAAUUAUGAACAAUGCAGAACGUUUUUUAAGCAUAUAGCAUAUGUGAUUUUAGAAUUUUGUGGACACAAAAAUACUGUAAUUAAACAUAAAAGUUUAUUAUGGAUAUAUCAUUUUAUUAAUAUUUUAAAUAUUCAUUUUUAUAAUAUAUUUGAUUCAUCACCAAAAAAAAAUAACACAUUUUUAAUAGAACUUUUGAAAAAAAUUAUAGCGUCUACAUCAGAUGUAUGUUUUGAUAUACAUUAUACAGCACGAAAAUGUAAUGAGUUGUUAAUAAGUUAUGUAAAAUUUACAUAUUUGGAAUCUGCACCUUUAAUAACAAAAUUGGUUUGUUUAAUUAUUAAUACAAAAAUAGAAAAGAGCGAAUUAGUUGUAAGUGCAAGUAAGGAUAGUACAAAUUAUAAAAAUUAUCAAAAGAAAUAUUUCUCAAGAAGAAAAAAAUUAUACAAGGAUUUAAUGUAUGAUCAACGAAACAAUUUGCCAAAUGGUGUAAAUCCUUCUGAGGGGUAUAAUAAUGAGAUGAAUGUUGAGGAAAAUAAUAAAAUGCUUGAUCAAGAAGAUAACAAAUUGAAUAAUCUUGUUAAUAAACAUGAGAAUAUAUCUAACAAAGGACGAAACGAAAGUAGUAUUAUAAAAAGUAAACAUGAUGAGGAUAAUGAAAAUGAUUAUUCUAUAUAUAAAGAUGAUGAAAGUUAUAUUACAAAUAUAGGAAAUGAGAGAAAGGUAAACAAUUCUUUAUUUCAUAACGAUGAAAACGAUGUAGAAGAAGAUUCUUUGUUAAAUGUAAAUUGUUUUAAUAAUGUUACAGCAGAAGAUGAAGAUUUUAUACAAAUGAAUGACACAGGAAAAAUAGAAAAUAUGAGAGAUCAAAUUGGAUCUUAUAAUAAAGGAAAUAAUAAAGAAAUUAUUAAUGAUAAUAAUAAAAAAAAGGAUAAACAUAAAGACAUUAACAAUAUUAAAUAUAAUAAUAAUAAAGACAUGAACAGUAUUAAUGACAAUAAUAAUAAAGACAUGAACAAUAUUAAUGACAUGAACAAUAUUAACGACAAUAAUAAUAAAGACAUGAACAAUAUUAAUGACAAUAUUAAAGAUGAUGAUGACAAAAAUUAUCAUAAUAAUCAUAAUAACAAUUUUAAUAAUAGCCUAAACAACAACAAUGAUAAUGCUAGCGAGUCGUUAAGCUUUGAAUCAUAUAAUUUGUUUUAUAAAAAAGAUAAUUAUUCCUAUGAGGGGAAAAGUAAACCCUUAAAUACACAAUUAUCAAAAGAAGAAAAUUACAACUGUAAAAUUAUUUAUAAUCAUCAGAAGUUAAUAAACGAAUUAAAAGAAAAAAAACUCUUAAUGGGAGAUGUAAGUAAAAGUGAAGCAUAUUAUAUAAAUAAAAUUAUAAAAAAAAAAGGAAAUAAUAUUAAUAAUAAUAAUAAUAAUGAUGAUGAUGAUAAUGAUAAUGAAGAUGAUGAUUAUUAUAAUGAUGAUGACGAUGACGACGAUGAUGAUGAUGAUAAUAUAUUUUAUGAUAAUUUAGAAAAAAGGAAUAUAUAUCCGGUUAUUACGUGUUUACAAUGGUUAAUUGAAAUAUUAAUAUAUAAAAGUAAUGAAAUAAAAACUUAUUAUGAUGAAAUUAUUAUAUGUAUUUUUAAAUGUUUAAAAAAUGAUGAUAAUAAAGUAUUGUUAUUAUCACUUACCGUAUUAUCAGCUAUGUGUGGGACAGUUGAUAAUAAAUUUCAUUUUUAUGAGAAAAUAAGUUUAAAUUUAAUAAACAUAUUUAAAAAUGAUGAGAACUUAUUAAUACAUAAAGGGAAAGUUAUAGUUCAACAUAUAUCUCGAUGUUUAAAUAAUAAAAAGUUUUAUGCAUAUUUAUGUUAUUUACUUAUAAAAGAAAAUAAUUUUACAUUUGUAAAUAAAUUUGUACAAGUUUUAAAUUGGGUUUUAUUAACAUCUGAUGAAACCAAAUAUUUAAGAAAUGUAUUAUUUCUUAAAAAAUAUUAUAAUAUAUUCUCAAUUAUAUUAAUAGCAUGGUUUCAUAAUCCUUUAUCAGCUAUAUCAUUUUUAUUAUGGUUACAGAAAUAUGAACUAGCUUAUUAUAUAUCAUCUUAUUUAACCUUAUUGGAUGUUAAUUCAGAUUUCUUUCAUCAACUUGAUAAUUUUAUUUUCUUAUUUGAAUCACCAGUAUUUUCAAAACAAAGAAUUCAUUUAAUAUAUCCAAAGAAUUAUCCAUUUUUAAUUAAAUCAUUAAUGAUACUCUCUUUAAUGUUACCACUCAAUACAUCCAACAACAUUUUACAGAAGAGAUUACAAAUAUCUCAAUUGUCCAUAUUAACAAGUAAUGAAAAAAUGCAAAGUUUUUUUGAUAUACAUAAUCAUAAUGGAAUAUAUCAUAUUGAAGAUAAUUAUGAUCAUAAAGAAAUAGAUAAUAAAAUAAAUGACCAAGACAAAUUAAAAAAACGUGAAACGUCUCAAUUAAAUUUAUAUGAAAAUGCAGAAGAAUUUAUUCAAUUAUGUAAAAUGGGAAAUGAAGAACAAACAAAAGAAUAUAAUAUUUUAGAAAAAACAGAUAUUGAAAAACAUAAUGAAGAAGAAUUAUGGAAUAAUAGAUAUAAUUAUUUAUUAACUAACAUAAAAAAAAAAUUCUUAAAAGAUACCAUAACAAAUGAUAAUCAUAAUAAUAAUACGCAUAAUAGCGUUUCAUAUAAAAAUGACGAAUGUAACGAAUUUGUUCAUAUAUUCAAAACGGUAUUAAAAACUCAUAAAAUAAUUAAAUAUUAUUCUUAA